AUGCAGGACUUCUUCUUUGUCGUUCUCAUCGUAGCAUGCUUCACUGAAGCUUCAGCAUACUCGCCGUUCGUGAUACCUACAUUGACGACGCACCAACCGAUUGGAAGCGGGAGCACGAACUUCUACUUCGUUGAAUUCGACAUCACAUCCGACAACUCCGGGAAGCAGACCUCUGCGUAUUGUCAGAAAAGUUGGGGCGACAAUGGUUGGACUCGUCCAGAGCCAUACAGUGUGAAUGUUCCGACUGGGGAAUGGUUUCGAUGCGAUUCCGAACGGUACUCGUAUGAUGGAGCCAGUGCUUUCUCCUUCCAACUAUUCCCUCAAUUCUCGAUUGGCAAUUUCUCCUUGAGCAUCAAGGAGGAUCUGGGGCCGGGCGUCAGUAUUUCCGGGUUCCGCAGAGUCAAAAACGGGACUGAUCAGUUCGUAUGCGACAUUAAUCCGACAGAAGUGUUUCCAGCACAGCACGCCCACGGAGACUGCAGUAUCCCGGAGAAAGCAAGCCCGUUCAAAAUCUGGAUCUCGCAAGCGGCAGCAUGA